AUCACGACGCAGCAUUUUCUCGUUCACUUUCAAACACACUCAAUUUUUGUACUUGUGUUCCAUCUACCACUCAGAAGCAAAAUUUCAAUCUUUUCAAUGGAAGAGGCACCCCCAUCAAUCCAAGACCUCGUUUUGUCGCUUCAACAAGCCACUUUAAUGGCUAAGCAGUUACCAUCAUCAUCCGCCGCCAAUCCAACCCAUCUCCACCAAAUCCACUCUUCCCUCCACCAAGCUCACCGCCACCUCUCCUCCUUCCUCUCCACCCUCCAGCUGCCGCCACCGUAUGCCACCGAGUCCUCCGCCACCGUAGAACCGAUGCAGGUGGAGGACGGUGGCGAUGAUGAAGGUGAUGAUGAAGAGACCACUUCAAAGUGCACCACCAUUGACUUGGUUGAAGAGAAAAUGAGGCAGUGUUUCAUUAAGAACAAACGCCCCAAACGGCCUCUGUCACCGUCUGCGGCUGCUGCCUUGGAGGAGAAGGGGGUUCCCGGCUAUGCAUAUGUGGGGCGGAUCAGGGACUAUGAUCCUAAUGAUAUGAAGUUGAGGUCGUUGGACCUUUUGUAUCAGUUUCAUGCCUGAUGUGAUUUGGUGUGUCAGAUGUCAUAAUGAUGUUGCUAAAUUUUCUUAGUUGAUUUUGUUAUGCUUAUAGAAAAUUAGUUUUCUUUUGGGAUGAUUGGUUUUGUUGAUGAACAUGGACUGGAUGAUUUGGGUUGUAUAGUUAGUUCGGUACAGUAAUUAAUCUGUUUAAUGUUAAUGUUA